AUGGUCGAAAGGGCCAGCCGCGUUCUUGUAGCUCGCGCCAGCGCAACAUGUACCAACGACAGUGAUCCCGGUUGCACAAAGCCGACUCAAGUACCCACAAUCGCCAUUGCACUUGCCGUCAUUGUGCCUGUCGUCGGUAUCACGAUUGUCCUCUUCUUCUUACAUCGCAGGAACAAGAGGAAGCUUGCUGAGGAAGAUUCAAAAGACAAAUACAAGUCGCACGAUUGGGGCAUGGAGGGUGUGACUAGAUCUGGCAAGAAAGGAGGUCCCGAGAUGAGCGUUUCCGAGAAGGAAAUCCCUGGAGGCCACGACCGAGGUCUAUCAAUCGAGACCGGAAGCCCAUACAUACUGCCUGUUGGCCUGCAUGGCUCGAGAGAGUCAUUCCAUUCGUUAUCGCGCUCGCAGCAUGAUCCUCAUGACCCGUACGGCCCUGUAGCUUAUCUAAAGGAUGACCAGAGCAUCCGUAGCGCCACCCGUGGUCCCUACCGAAACGACGCCGGAUCCAUGUACACAACUUCGAGCGCUGGAACGAAGAAGGAAGGCCUUCAAGCCGGUCUGCUUCAAAACGCACAGAGGAUGUCGACUUCGCACCCCAUUCGCGGCGAAUCUCUAUCCCCUGACGGCUCGCGGUCUCCAGAUAGCAAGUUCCCUGAACCGGGUAUUCCUCUCAGCCCAUUGAACCCACGAUUCGACAAGGAGUCGUCUCCUGUUUCACCUCCAGUUGAAUCGCCUUCCGCUGAACCUAAGACCCAGUAUGCUGCCUUUAAGCCCACCAAUGUUCCCACCAUCUCAAUUCCCGAGCCUGGUGUUACAGAAAAGCAAGUCAACAAGUCACCCGUCCAAACUACCAACGAUAUUCCCUCAUUGCCACGCGUUCAGUCCCAGGCUGUUGUACUGGAGAACACAAACACGCAUAGCAUCAUCAGUACCUCGAGCUAUGGCGAUGGCUUCCAGAUCACACCACCGUCACCCAAAGAAAGCGAGCAGCCCAAGAUCGUUGCACCCAAGCCUCGCUACUCAACUGGUCCUCAGAACGUUGGUCUUGCCGUAGACGACUUUGGUCACAGCACCAACCGUCUGUCAAUGAGCCUACGUCCUAUGCCUUCCGAUGACCCUCAGGAGAACCCCGAAGAGCGUGCCAACCGUAUCCGAUCUUUCUACAAGGAGUACUUUGACGACUCUAAGCCUGAACCCGCUGGUGGUCACCAGUACACCGACUACGUCGAAGACUAUGGCUCAGAGUACCAAGACGGCACUGUAUUCGACCCGCGCACCGGUGCCUUUGUCGUCGCACAGCCAAACGCUCCUUUUGCCGAGCCUAUUACUCGUCGUGCCAUGACACCCCCACCACGUGCUCCUCCUCGUUUCCGAAGCAACACUGCCACUGGUCCUCGUCCCCCGCACAUGUCUAACAGCUCCAUGGCUUCCUCGCAAUACCCACCGCCACGCGGCAUGUCUUCAAUGAGCGGACGUCUACCUGCGCCAAUGAAGAAGCCACUGCCUCCACCGUCCGCUUUGUCUUCUCUUCCCACACCCGGAAAGCUAACCGAGAACUCGAUGGUUUUCGAUGCUGCAGACUUUGCGCCGCCAGUCUCGUUCCGUGAGAGACAAAACGGUAUACGACCAGACAGCCCACUGGGUGCUCCCAGACCCUACAGUCCCGCCGUGCGACCACACACACCGCUCGUUGGUUCUUACGACGAGCUUCCCGCGCUACCCAGUCCCUACCUGAUGCGCAAGUCCGGCACCUUCACUGCGCUUGACUUUGCACCACCUGGCCGCAUUCGCGACCCUGCUGGCUCAGGUGCCUCAGAUGCUGGAUCUAUCCGAUCAAACCAUUCUGGUAUCUCAGCGGUCGGCAGGUUCGCUGUUCGCAGCGGUGCCAACCGUGUCAGCAGGAUACCAAGAGAUGUCAUGGGUACCAGGGAUGAUUUCAUGGUACAAUUAAGGCCCAGGAUGAACAUGGUAGAGGGCGCCUAA